GGCCCCGAAGGAAGGAGUGGUAGAUGAAAGAAGAGGAAUGUCAGAGGAAUGACUGACCUGCUAGAAGCCAUCUAGCUAGCGUCAAGAGAGAAGUCAGAAUGCACAACCCAAGAUUACUCCUUUCCAGAGUGGGUUUCUUCUCCAAACCAGGACCGCUUCCUUGGUAUGCUGCAAAUGCACCAGGUUUGUCACAGUCCUUUUUGGGCAGAGCACAUAAGGGAAAUUUCAUCAAUGGGAUAAUUAAGAAGCAUCCAAGCCGACAAAACCAUCAGAAGAAACAAAGGCAUUUCAGAUCACUAGAUGACUCCUGGCAGGAGAGGCUGGCUGACGUUGUGACUCCGCUCUGGAGGCUGAGCUAUGAAGAACAGCUCAAGGUGAAAUUUGAAGCUCAGAAGACAAUUUUACAAAGACUAGAGUCUUACCUGCAGUUCCUCCAUGGAGUCCAUGGAACAGUGGCCUCCCCUCAUUCAGAGGGACUGCAUUGUCACCUCCAUCCUAUUAUACCUUCUCCCAUCAUCAAUGGCUACCGAAAUAAGUCCACCUUCUCUGUGAACCGGGGCCCCGACGGCAAUCCAAAGACUGUGGGGUACUACCUAGGAACUUGGAGAGAUGGGAAUGUUGUCUGUGUACCUUGUAGCCAUCUGAAAAACAUCCCAGAGAAACACAAUCAAGUGGCUCAGUACUAUGAAGUAUUCCUUCGACAGUCUUCAGUGGAACCCUGUCUUCUGUUUCAUGAAGGUGGACACUGGCGUGAGCUCACAGUUCGAACCAAUAGCCAAGGACACACAAUGGCUAUCGUCACUUUUCAUCCCCAGGGAUUAAGUCAGGAGGAACUGUGUGUUCAGAAGUUGACCUUGAAGGACUUUUUCACUAAAGGCCCUGGAGCUGUUUGUGAACUGACUUCACUCUAUUUCCAGGAAAGCACCAUGACCCGUUGCAGCCAUCAGCAGUCCCCCUACCAGCUCCUGUUUGGGGAACCCCACAUCUUUGAAGAUCUUCUGGGUUUGAAGAUCCGCAUCUCUCCAGAUGCCUUCUUCCAGAUUAAUACCUCUGGCGCAGAAUUGCUGUACCAGACCAUUGGGGAGCUCAGUGGAGUGAACUCCAGUACCAUCCUCCUUGACAUUUGCUGUGGAACAGGUGUGAUUGGCCUUUCUCUGGCUCAGCGUGCAUCCCAGGUCCUUGGCAUUGAACUGGUGGAGCAGGCCGUACAGGACGCCAGGUGGACUGCAGCCUUCAAUGGUGUCACCAACUGUGAGUUUCAUGCUGGUAGAGCAGAGAAGAUUUUGCCACAGUUGUUAAAGUCUCAGAAAGAUGAGAAGUUAACCGUUGCUGUGGUCAACCCUGCCCGUGCUGGACUGCAUUACCAAGUGGUGCAAGCCAUUCGGAACUGCAGGGCCAUCCACACUCUAGUUUUUGUUUCCUGCAAGCCCCAAGGUGAAAGCACAAGGAACUUCAUUGAGCUGUGCUGUCCUCCAAACUCUGCUAAGAAGCUCCUCGGUGAACCCUUUGUCCUGAGAGAAGCUGUACCCGUGGAUUUGUUUCCGCACACCCCACACUGUGAACUGGUACUACUCUUCACUCGAUAAGGCUAGGAGACUGCAGGCUGCUACGGCUGAAGUUUCAGGGACGUCAUCAGGUUUGGCCUGUUGCUGCAUUGGAGACCAUGGAUGUGUCUCCCAGGAAACCAGUCUUUGUAUCCCCAGCAAGAGUUUAGCUGGCCUCCUCUGAGGUGGAUUGAACUAUAGCUUGUCAUAUUUCUUUGGGAUUACCCAUAUUUGUCUAGCUUUGAACGCACCAAACUCCUUGGAUUUCUUACAAAGCAGAAGAAGGGGCUAGGGAGCCAGGCGGUGGUGGUACAUGCCUUUAAUUCCAGCACUGGGAGACAGAGGCAGGUGGAUCUCUGUAAGUUCAAGGC